AUGACAUAUUCGUUCUCGCGAAAGUCUCUCUCGCAAAAUCCACACCCCUACGUACAAGUACUAAAUAUCGCUCUUUCAUCAUCACAAAAACAACUCAAAGUAAAGCUUGACCUGAGAAUGUCACCAUCACAGGAAGGAGAACGAGGAGGAUUCAGCGGUGCCGUGAAACUCUCGUCCUCGUCUUUGAACGAUUACAUCGCGCCUUCUCAGGCGUGCAUCAUUCCUCUCUCAUCCGAUGGUAAUACACUCCUCGUAAACGACGGGUUACACGACGCCGGAGAAGGGGACGGCGGGGAAAUCCUUCUCCGCGCAAAACGAGGAGCGGAAAACAAAAAACGAUUCGACGUUGCGAAGGAAGACUUCAGCAAAGAUGGGAAAUCGAUGAUAAAAGUGUCCUUAUCCGAUUGUCUCGCGUGCUCUGGGUGCGUCACCAGCGCGGAAACGGUCUUGAUGGAACAGCAAUCGGUGGAGGAAUUUUUAGGCCAAAAUUUCUCCUCAGAAGGAAACAUCCAACCAGUAGGAGGGACCCAUGAUAGAGGAAGAGGAGGAGGAGGACGAAGAAGAAGAUUGGUAGUAACACUCUCUCCGCAAUCCACGGCGUCGUUGGCGGUGAAAUAUAGCGUGAAAUACGAAGAGAUGUUGGAGAAAAUGUGCGGGUUUUUUAAGACGCAUUUUAACGCGCGGGCGGUGUGUAGCAGUACCGAGGCGCGAGCGGCGUCGCGGGCGAGAUACGCGAAGGAGUUUACGGAGAGGAAGAGUAAGUCGUCGGGGUUGUUGCCGAUGAUUGCGUCGGCGUGUCCUGGGUGGGUGUGUUACGCGGAGAAGACUGAAAACGCUUUGCGAGAUGUGAAUCUUUUGGCGAAAGCGAAGAGUCCGCAGGCGAUUGCCGGGACUUUCGCGAAGAAGGGAAGAAGGGCUGCUUUCUCGGAGGAUACAGAGGAGGAGGAGGAGGAGGAGGAGGAGGAGGCGUAUCACGUGUCGGUGAUGCCGUGCUUUGAUAAAAAGUUGGAAGCGAGUCGAAGGGAAUUUAAGACGAAAAGAGAAGGCGAUGUACUUGGACAAGGAAAAGAUGAUGAUGUUGACGGCGUCAACGAGACGGAUUGCGUGUUGACGACGACGGAGGUUGUGGAGUUGUUGGAGAAGAAGUGUAACAUCGUGGACGAGGCGGGCGUGAGGAGUUUGCCGAGCGCGAAGAUUGAUUCGAUGUUUGCGUCGUGGUUUAGAACGGAGGAUAUGAUGGACGUCGAAGAAGACGAACAAGAAGAUGCACUUCUGCCACCAGCCUUUGCGGCAACCUCCGGCGCGUACCUCGAAUACGUCUUUCGCAAAGCGGCGAGGGAUCUCUACGGCGUCGAUCUGCGAGGCAAAGAUUUAGAGUAUAAGACGCUGACGAACGCGGACAUGCGCGAAGUGGAAUUGAAAAUCGAGGGCGAAGUGAAACUAAAAUUUCUCUUAGCGUACGGGUUUCGAAACGUCCAAAACGUCACCAGGGCUUUGAAAAGAGAACCGAACAAGUGGGAUUUCGUGGAGAUGAUGGCGUGUCCGAGCGGAUGCGCCAACGGCGGCGGGCAAGUGCCUCCAAAGCAGUCGUAUUUGAACGCCAAGUUGUUGAAACGGGUAGAAGAGGCGUACAUGGAAGGCGAAAUUGAGAGCGAGCGCAGAAAUCUACACUCAGCGGCGGUGAAGAGUCUGAUUACGUCCGCGGAAGAAAACGGCGACACUUUAUCGGCGUACGAUACGACUUACAACGCGUUGGCGGCGUCCAAUGAUAUGAAGAAAAAAGUCACGAUUGCAAACGUGGAUAAUUGGUAG